UCUCUGUCGGUUUCUGUGUGAAUCAUUGUCCGAGGCUAUAACAGCUGAGAACAAGAAGUGCUGUGCCGAUUGCAAGACCACGAAGACCCCCUUGUGGAGAGGGGGGCCUGCUGGGCCCAAGUCAUUAUGUAACGCCUGUGGGAUCAGAUACAGGAAGAGGAGGAUUUCUAUGGUGGGUUUGAGCUACGGAUCAUAUAGGAAAAGAGACAAGUCACACUGUCAUAGUACUUCUUCUGUUACCACCACCCCCACUGCUGCUGAUACAACCACGUACACUGCUAUAACUGUUGAUAGUGGUGGUGGCGGAGACCUUAGUGUGUCCUUGAAAACGAAAUUAAUGGCGUUGGGUAAGGAUUUGUUGCUGCAAAGGUCACCAUCAGUGAUGAAGAAACAGAGGUGGCAGAGGAGGAGGAAGUUGAAGGAGGAAGAACAAGCAGCCGUGUCUCUGAUGGCACUGUCCAGUGGUUCUGUUUUUGCCUGAAAGGAGUAAAAAGAACACAAAGGGCAUAAAGAUUAAAAAACAGAAAAAAAAAAAAAAAAAAAAAAAAAAACCCAACCAACCAACCAACACUGCAUCACAUAUACCUUUUGUUGCCCUUUUAGCUUACUGUAGCGAAAUUCCCCUUUGAUGUUAUUUGGGUUUUUCAAAUACAGAAGAAUAUGAAUGGAAUAGUCAGGAAAAUAGGCAGUCAUAUAGUUAGUGUUUAGGGAAUGAUAUUCCUGUCUUUGGUAUUACUUCUUUAAUUAUAAUGUACAUGUUCUCGGAAGUAAUGGUAUAUAUGAUCUUUCAUUUCGAUA